UAUUAGGCAUUGCGGAUAGAGAGAGAGAAAGAGAGAGGCUUUUAGAGAGAGAGAGAGAGAGGUAGGUGGUGGCCGGUCGGCUAUCGGCGGGACUCAGGAGGUUCGCAAGCUCAAUUCCUGCGGUUUUUUCUUCUACCUGUGAAAGCUCAGUAACAAUGGAGGCGUGUGGCAAAUCCAUGGCAGCAGGCCCUGCUAAUGUUAUCUUCCUGUCAACGAUUCUGGGCCGAGAUGGGCCAGUUCCUGUUCACAAAUGCGACUGGAAGUGCAAAAACGAACAUGUCUGUGGGAACAUGUACCGCUGCAAUCUAACUGGUCUUACUCACAUCUGUGACAAAAACUGUAACCAGAGGAUUUUGUAUGAUAACCAUAGCUCGCUUUGCCGGGCCAGCGGCCAAGUGUUCCCACUUACAGCUGUGGAGGAGCAGGCUGUUAGAGGCAUUCGGAGGAAGCUUGAUGCGGACAAUCCCCCAACCGAUAGUUGUUCGUUUAAGCGCAGACGGAGUGCACAGUUCCAUCCUUCUCCUUUUGAGAGAUCCUUCUCUGCUGUCAGUCCAAUCUGCAGCCAAGUUGGAGACGGCAUGGACAUGAGCUAGAGUUAUACAUAAAUGCAGAGACAUUAUAUUGCUUACCUUAAUCCUAUCCUUUGAAAUCUUCUUUCUUUUUUUCAUGGAACAAUUCUGAUGAUAGGACUUUAUGUGAGAACUUAAGUGGUGGACCUGAUGUGUCCUACCCGUAUGUAGGGACAAUCUAUAUUUCUAGUCUUCUCUAAUGCAAUUUAGCUCUUACAAAUAGUUUGAUUCGCCAAAUGGGAUUUUUACUGGUGCAUGUUUAAUUGCUUAUUAAACUGGACCUGUAUUCUCUUCACAUCCUAUUGGUUCAAACUCUGGGCCAUGAUCAUUAUUGUGCGGUGCUGUUUUAUUUUUACUUGUUGACUUGCAUUUGUUAGGAUUCUGUUUCUCUAGAUUUGGUGAUAAUUUUUACUUUACUUCUAUAUGAGUUUGUUAUUGUUGAUUUUGCAUGUUUCGGGAGAAUUGUAUUAAUUACAUGUUUAUUUUUACAGUUUAUUCUUAUUUUGAUUCCUUUAGAAAUCGAAGGAUUUGUCUGUAAUUUUGUCAAUUACUACUGUUGGAUUAUUCCUACUUCUUUGUUUGAAGGGUGAAGAUAAUGCAUUCUUAUUUGACAUAGCUCGAUACAGGCUGAAGAUGAAUAAUCCAGCGUGCAUCCCACUGCUGUUUGCAUAUUCUAUUAUUUGUUGCUUGGUUUUAUCUGAUUGAUGGAUUUCUGAAGUGAACUUCAAUUUUGCAGGGCUUACGAUGGAGAGAUUAAAGCUUUUUGUUGUACGAACAAAUAUAUCUUAUCUUCAUUAGUUUUCUGAGAUGAGAUUUGAGUUUCUGAUGCACGCUUUGGCAUUGUCUCAUGUAGGUGGUCUUGUUGUUUCCGGAAAUUGAGGUCAGAGCUAGACCUCCAAUGCUGAUGAGCUGAACUAAAUGCAGCUGGUGCCCUAUUUGACGGCAUAUAAAAAAUAGCUGGAGUUCUACUACAAUGUAUCACGUAGGUUAUGUCCCUCCCAGCUUGGCAUUUCCCAACUACCUGUUGCUGAAAGAAUUUGUAACUGCAAAUUGGGGGAAAGCCUUACAGAUUUGAUUGAUUGAUAACUGUAAUGGAAUUUAGAAUUCAGUUGUGAAUGGUGAUGAGGAUCUAUGCAUUCCUCCUCAGGCGUUUUUUGUUGUUGUGAUUAAAUUGUAUAUACGACCUUUUUUUCUUUUGAGACAAACAUUAGUGUGUUUGUAAUUUUUUGUAGGUUUACAUCCACGUAAUGGAUAAUAAGACCCCUUUAUGUGUAAAA